GACAACACUCCAAGAUGCUGGCUCUGGGGCACGCUUAUGGUUGCUGUUUUUGGUCCGGUGCUGGGAGGCCUCAUGGCUCUCCGGCACUGAGUGAGCACGAGGGAGAGCAUUGCGGUGGUGGCCUCGAGUCACGUCUCUCACCUACAUGCGUAGGUACUUCUCGGCUAGUCGGUUACCUACUUAGCCAAGUACUUGGAUACAUGUCAGGAUGUACUCGCCUGUGCUCCAAAUCAAACAAUCUAGCGGGCGUCUUCACGUACUGCACUCGUCGUGCUUCUUGGUCCCCUUCGUUUGAACCGAGCGCCCGUUGUACGAGCAUCUGUUUGCUUCGCAUGCUGCAUUCGACAUAUUUUUCAAAAUGGACCCCUCUUCCAAAGCCGACAAGAGCCGGCGGCAUCCCCUUCAGCGGCUCGACUCACCAUCAAAAGGCUUCUCGGGCGCCAUUCAUGUCCUUGGGCUCAUCAGUUUCUAUAACUCCUUCAAGUUUCUGGUAGACAACCCCAGUAUUAUGAACGAGUCUUUCGGAUGGCAUCUCCAGUAUCUCACCAUGCUCGGAAUCUCCAUUUCGACAGCGUGUUUUGCUUUCGGACUGUUAGCCGACAUCACCAACUCACAUACUUUCUUUGUGGCCAAGAACUAUUGCGCUCUCAUAGCCGCUCCUAUCGAGAUUGUCAUUAGCAUCCUGUACUGGGGUCUCCGAGCUAUUGACGAGACCCUUGUGAUUCCACCCGGUCUACUCAAACCUCCCAUUCUUGCAGACUUGGGUUUCCAUUUGUUCCCAGCCAUUGUCUUAACCAUCGACAACCUCUUUCUUUCUCCACCCUGGCCUACCCAACCAAUCAACCCCCGCGCGUCUCUUCUUUCUCUCCUAACUUCCACGACAAUCGCCUUCCUCUACUGGUUCUGGAUCGAGCUCUGUUACUCCCACAACGGCUUCUAUCCGUAUCCCAUCUUUGCCGUCCUCACCACCUCGCAGCGCACCGCUUUGUUUGUCGCAAGCGGUGCUAUCAUGUGGGUUAUUGGUGCCGCACUAAGACGCGCCUACCGUGGAUUGAACGGGGAGGAAAGACUGCAGGCUAUUGAGAAGAAGUUGGUAUGA